CGACAAGCACUGAGGCUUCAAUCGUGGCACGCUAGUUGCGUCAAAGGAUCUACCCCAGUAAUGCUGAUCCCGCAGACACCUUAUACAAGGCUGAAGCUCCCACCAGCUCACGACACACCUUCACAUGAGCUGCCGUUGCCGAUGUUCUGAGCUACUGCUAUGUGAAUGCUGAAUGCUGACUGUCUUUCCUUCAAUCACUACAGCUCGCCGUGUGGUCGUUCCUGCCGCAUGGAAGUCGGAAACAACGUAGCACUACAAGCACGAUUUGACUAAGCGCCUAACAUCCUGCCCGCCAUGGCGACACUCGACGGCAAUAUGGAUAUCGACAUGGACAUCGAUCUCACCUUUGACACCACCGACGAUCCUCAUCUUGCGCGACUGCAGGCUGAGACGGCGGCCUUCGAUGUGGUGCGUUCAUGGAAUGUAGCCAGUUACAUGCACGCCCUAACUGACGGUACAGCAACGUGUUCCGAACGAUGAGGACUUAAUGCAUGAAGUGGCGGAUGAGGUGCCGGAGGAAGGCGAGGUGCAGCCUGAUGCGCCCAGCUUGAUCAAGGUGCACGUUCGCGGUCUGGAGACGUUCAGCAGCCAAGAUGUCAAGAACUUUGCACACGACUUCUAUGCGUCUGAGCUGCUCAGGCACGUACAAUGGGUCGACGACACAUCCGCAAACAUCGUCUACGAGACAGAGAUAGCGGCAGCGGAAGCGUUGCAAGCUCUUUCCGCAGAAGAGGUAGCGGAUCCCAUGCAGCUGCGGCCAGCUAAGAGGUUAGCAACUCACCCAGACGCUGAGCUCUACGUCCGGCAAGCCAAGGAGUCCGAUGUCAAGAUCAAGAAUGCGCACGUCUACAGCACCUACUACUUGCGCAAUGCGGAUGACCCAGAGAAUCCGCACGGCAACUUCCGUGGCAAGCGUAGAUUCAAUGAGCGAGGCUACCGCAGCAGAGACUACAGCUUCAAGCGGCAGAGAAGAGAGCGAGGCGACGAGGAGGGCGACUCUGGCAGAAGAGGCUCGAAAGAUGAGCCAUUUGACGUGAAUUUGUACGAUGAUGACCCAGUUUCCGUGGCAGCCCGAGACGAGCGAAGAGGCAGCAAGAACAGCCACUCGGGAAGCGAUCAGAAUGGCAGGAAGCAGCUAAGAUUCGAAGAAGAGCUCUUUACCGCUAAGCAAAACGGCAGGCUACGCAACCGUAGCGCUUCGCCAAUGCGUGACGGGGACGGCCGCUUCGGCUUCGAAGAAAACCAGCCUCGUCGCCGUACCGCCCGGCCUCGGUCUCCGACGCCUCCUCGCAUCCGCGCAGGUAGAGACAACCGCGCCGCUCGCGAUGAUCUGCGCAAAGAGCUGUUUCCAGGCAAAGCACCUUCUUCUGGCUACUCAACUACCAACGGCUACCCCAACGGCUCGAACGACCUGUUCCCGCACCGCUCAUCACCACCCAAAGGGCCACGUGAGCUCUUCCCCAGCCACAAGCGCCAAGAUGCUCGUGACAUCGACAGCGAGUUCCGCAAGGUCACGACCGAUAUUGAUUCCCGUCCGAAGCGCGAGCCUGACGACAAGCCGAGAGAUCUGUUUGCGCGAAUAAGUGGUGGACCAAAGGCGAAGAAUUCGUACGGAAGGCUGCAGGAUGGGAUGGAACAGGAUGCAGAGCCGAGCUUCUCGUUCAAAGGUGCUGGCAAAGCUGAGAACGGCGGCUUCAGUAUUCGUGGCGCGAGCAGAGAGAAAUCGGCAAGCUCACAGGUCAAGGAGCUCUUUCCAAUCAAAUCUGGUGGUGACGGCGGGCGCGACUUAUUCGACGGGCGGAUCAAGGGUCGUGGCAGUCAGAGACAGCGGGCUGAGGAUCUUUUCUAGUACACUGAUUACUCGGCAAGUGCGAUCGUGAUGAGAGAUGGUGGGACGGCGGACGUGAACGGUGGCGGUGUUCAGGGCGGGCUUACAUCAGGACUCC